AUGAAGCAGCAUCAUCUAGCUAUCAAAUGUGAGAAGUGGGCGAAGGAGAAUACUAAAAGAGAUCUUGUGGUUGCGACAAUCUUAGCAUUUGCAUCUGCUUUUACACUUGGAUAUUAUAACCGUUACCAAAACAUUCAUCUUCCUAUGUUCAACCAGAGACCAACCCACAAUCUUAUUGUGAUUGCAAGUUUCACUUCAUUACAAUCCUCUUCAACCUUAGCCCUCAUAUCUCUUAAUUAUACCAGACCUCAUUUCUUGGAAUCAUUACCCAAAAAGCGGAUGUUGGUUCUUGCCGCAAUGUUUCUAUCCUUUGUGACAUUGAUGGUUGCUGUGAAUGCUUUCCUUUUCUUAUUUUACAGUGAAAGACAGAAAUGGAUACCAAUCAUGUUUUCUGGUUUUGCUGGUAUCAUCAUUCUACUUUGUGGAGUGUUAUUGUACUUGGCCCUUGGAUCCGGGUAUCUCUUGAAGCCCAAGAAACGUAGUAUGUCUUAA